GCCUGAACUUCGAAUGAAAUGUUUGGAGACGACACAAGAAACAAAGUAGUGGUUCGACGCGCACGUACAUUGAAUUCGAGACAGUGGGCGUACAUUUGAUUAAUGUCAUCUUUUAAUUUUCUUAUUUCUAACGAAGCCAACUAUUGUCCUUUAUUUAUUUAUUUAUUUAAUUUGACCUGGAUUUGUUUCGUUUCUCAGUUUGUCAGCUAACACUCAAUCCAGGGAGAUAAUUUGCUCGGGUCUAAUCCCGAGUCUGUGUGUGUUAAUCCUUUCACACUUAGUGCUGCACAACAGUUGGAGGAAGUCCAACAGGAGGAGUGUCUAUAAUCUUAUCGGCCGUGAAGUUAAAUAUACUGAUGUUCCGGGUAAAUGAGUAACAACACGGAGGCUCCUCUCUCAAUCAGCUGGGACUCUGAAGAUUCACAAAAACAUUGAACUUUCCGUGGAAGUAUGCGGGGCAAACUCAAGCGGAAACACGAAGUUUGAAAGAAACCUCUAGUUUGGCAGAGUAACUCCACCAGAGUCCCACAGGUUUGAAGGGGCAUGAAAUCCCGACCGAACUUUACUCCUCGCAAAGAAGCGACACGAUGGCAUCAUGCGGAAGAAAGAGCCGAAACAAGUUAGUUCUUUGCCUCUUUGGCGUCACUUUGUUGGGGUAUCUAAUAUUUUUCAAACACCCAUCCGGGAACGUCAGUGCUGCAAACCGACGUGAAGUCUCCGGGGAGGAAGAGAAUGAACGGCUGAGGAGGCCCGUUUACGAGAAGCCCCCGCUGGAUCUUAAUGCCCUGGGUGAAAUGGGAAAAGCUGUUAAACUGAAUUUGAACAAGGAGGAGAAAAUAAAAGAGGAGGAGAGCAUCCAGAAACACCAGAUUAACACCUAUGUCAGUGACAGGAUCUCACUGCACCGCAGUCUGUCAGAAAGAUGGAAUCCACUUUGCAAACAGCUCGAGUACGACUACAAGUCUCUGCCUACAACCUCAGUGGUGAUUGCUUUCUACAAUGAGGCCUGGUCUACACUGCUGAGGACGGUCCACAGUGUGCUGGAGACUUCUCCUGACAUCCUCCUCAGAGAGGUGGUGCUGGUGGAUGACUACAGUGACAGAGAUCACCUAAAGGAGCCCCUGGAGAAGUACCUCUCAGGGUUGAAGAAGGUGCGUUUGAUCCGGGCCACGAAGAGGGAGGGGCUGGUCCGGGCCCGGCUGCUAGGGGCAUCCAUCACCACGGGCGACGUGCUGACUUUUCUGGAUUGCCACUGUGAGUGCCACGAGGGCUGGCUCGAGCCGCUGCUCAAGAGGAUCAAAGAGGAGCCCAAAGCCGUGGUGUGCCCCGUCAUUGACGUGAUCGACUGGAACACCUUCCAGUAUUUAGGCAACCCCGGCGAACCUCAGAUUGGUGGGUUUGACUGGCGGCUGGUCUUUACCUGGCACCCGGUCCCAGAAUACGAACAGAAACGCCGUCACUCGCCCACUGAUGUCAUCAGAUCUCCUACUAUGGCAGGUGGUCUGUUUUCUGUGAGCAAAAGCUACUUCCAUUACCUGGGGACAUACGACACAGGAAUGGAGGUUUGGGGAGGAGAAAACCUGGAGUUUUCUUUCAGAAUUUGGCAAUGCGGGGGCAGCCUGGAGAUCCACCCAUGCUCCCACGUGGGUCAUGUGUUCCCCAAAAAGGCCCCUUACUCACGGAGCAAAGCGUUGGCAAACAGCGUGAGGGCAGCAGAGGUGUGGAUGGAUGAGUACAAGGAGCUCUUUUACCACCGCAACCCCCAUGGUCGACGGGAAGCCUUUGGAGAUGUGACAGAGAGGAGGAAACUGAGAGAGAGGCUGGGGUGUAAAAACUUCAAGUGGUAUCUGGAUAACGUUUACCCCGACAUUUUUGUCCCACAUGAUCGACCGGGCAUGUUUGGAAUGCUGAAGAGUCGGGGAAAGACCAACUACUGUUUUGACUAUAAUCCUGGGGAUGACCAAGUGCUGGAAGGUCAUAGGGUCAUCCUCUAUCCAUGUCACGGCAUGGGUCAGAAUCAGUUUUUUGAAUAUUCGGUCAACGGGGAAAUAUGCUAUAACACCAGAGAUCCUGCUGGAUGUGUUGUGCCUGACAGCAUCAACACUUACCUGACUGUCCUACAGUGCGAGAAACGAGGACGACCUGUUCCCAUGGACCAGAAAUUUAUCUUUCGAAAGGAUGGGACUCUGUUCCAUGUCCAGACCCAGAAGUGUAUUGAAGCGGUGGACCAGACCGACGAUGGGACACCAGCCCCGGCUCUGCAGCCCUGCUCUGACAUGCUUCGCCAAAAGUGGUUUUUUGAGGAGAAGCUGUAAACUCUUAGCAUACAUGAAACAUCUCACCAGCUGAGGAUUCCUCUCUGACCCCCCUUUCUAAUCAAAUAUCCUCACCUUCCAUGCAACUGCAGCAGAGUUUAUAUUUUCUAAAGCAUCUUGUGCACAAAACAGACGAUAGGAAUUCUGACUAUUUUUCAAAGUGGGCCAGACUUGGUCUAAGACUAAGUGAUUAUCUAAAUUACAUAUAGAUCAUCACAAUAACAUCAAUUCAUUUCAUUGCUGUUGCAGAGACUGUUACAACUUUCUUUCCUCUUUGCAAACAGAAAUAAGGACACAGAAACUUGCGCAUCAAUCUGACGGAAAUCACGCAUUUAUGAAUCUGCCAAAAGAGCUUUUUGUGUGGCUGGCUGAUAUUUUUUUUGAUAACAUCAUCCGAGCUUCUUUCUUGAUAUUUAGAUUUUCUCCUGUAGAGGGGGCUAACGCUCCUCUCUGUGUUUGAUCCUUUCUGUCAGUGUGUCCUCGCUUCAUCAUGUGCCAGUGAGGACAAAUGAUCGAGUGUUUUAAUAGGAACCUUUUGAAAAGGUUGACUGCUUGAUGCUUCAUUAUAGCAGAAACUUGAAAGCAAAGUCAUAGAUCGCAGGUGUUAUGCUGGUACCUAACCAUAACGCAUUACUACUGAAAACAUGGGAAACCACACUGUUACUAUGCUUCGAUUUCACCUUUCCAGUGAAGUCAAAUGUCAUGGGUCAAUUUUGAACAGUCCCACUCAAAAGUUUUCAUACACUCAUCAUUCACGUGGAAUGCUAAUUAUCCUUUUAUUAAAACUGUUGCUUCACCAGGGUUGACUGUGAUGUGACCUGCAGCUUCACCGAUUUGAAAACACAGGAGUCAGACUUUGAAUUUAUUUUGGAUAUUCCCUAUUCCUCAGAUUUAUACAUUCUCCUCAAUUAAUAUGUGAGUAAAUGUUCCUUAGCAGGUUGCAGACAAACAUUGUAAUUCUUUGUUGCCCCCGAUGAGCUUCUGGCACAACUCUGGUGUUGGACCACUUCUUUCAUUAAAAAUGACGGAGCUCAUUUAAGUUGCUUGGUUUCCUGGCAUGAACUCGGCUUUUAAUCAUAGUUUAUAAAUUUUCAAAACGGUUGAGUUCGAGGCCGUGGAAGAAGCGCAACAGUCACAUGUUUGAUCCCCUCUCAAACCAGUUUUGAUGUGUGUUAAGGAUCUUUUCCUGUUGGAAAAGUUAGAUGUUAGAUUUAUAUAUUUGUCAUCGGCCCAAUAACGCAGUACUGAAAUGUGUUGUGGUACCUGGAGCCAAAGAAAAAGACAAAACAGCAAAGGAAAGCAGGAGUUCACACAGAACAGCUCUUAGUGCUGCCACCAUUUUUGCCAUUAAUUUCAGUGUAUUUAGGUUUGAUCUGAUUUUACUUCUCUAAACUUUCUUCUCAUUUUUGCUUUGUCCAUUUAGGCUGCUGUGAAUUUCCAUUUAGCCAGAAGAUUAAUUUUACCAUCUUCCAAGUCAUGACUGGCUGGAGUCUUGGAGAUUCCUGGGUUAAUCCAGAACAAUCCCAGCCAUUUUCAGUUCAUCACAGGGGGGGAGCUUGGGUCAGAUGAUCAGAUGGUAGGGUGUUCCAGUAUCAUAAUAAUCCCAAACUGGUAUCAAACCUGGUUUUAGAAUGAAUAAAAAGAAUAAACAUUAAGCUGCUUGAAUUCAAUCUUGUAAAAAAACAAAAGAACUAUGAUUUAAAACCAGCUACGUGCAAGGAAGCCAACCAAUUAAAAAAAAAAAAUCACCAAGACAUAUUAAUUUAGAGUUGUCAACAAGAACAUUUGUGUAGGUAUUUGUGGGUUGUAAUAUAUUUAAACCUACACACUAUCAUGUGUGUAUCUUGUUAUGUGUGUACGGUAUUAUUGCAUCUUGUUACUUUGGUAACAAGAUGCAAUUCCCACAGAAAUCACCAGUAUACUUUGCAAGAGACGAGCAUGAUUCUUAUGUAAAGAAUGGCACAUUUGACAGGUUCAUGAAGGCCUUUUUUUGGACUUUGCUUUCUCCUGUGCAACGUCUUCUGACUCUAAUAGCAGUAUUACAGUAUUUGCUACUUUUGCACUGAAGCUGUGCACAUCUUGUCAACCCUAAACUCAAAGCUCUAAGCAAAGUCUGAUCUUAAGAUAAAGAAAUGCCAAAAUCCAUAGAACUCCUACUGGUUUCUGAGAAAAGCACUGCAAACAAUAAACUUAAAGUUGCUGCCGACCUUUUGACCUGAAUGUAUCCAUAUUGUGUCCUGGAGUGGAUUUGCAAAAAAUCCACAAUAAAAUUCUAACUUGUCCAGCCAGUUUGUGUUUUUAUAAGCUCUAUUUUGAAUCGUAUAACCGUCAUAGCCUGACGGGAAACAUUUUAAGCAGCUUCAAAUGAAUUCCAUGACUGCUUGUGAACUUCUGAGUGAAACCGUAAAUUCCCAUUUAGUGGCUGAAAUAAUGUAUACAGCUAUCUAGGCUGCGAAUAUAUUCUUUCACUGUUGCGUUCAUGAAGAGUUUCUUUAAAGCUUCUCGUCAGAUUUGCCGUAACAAGAGUUAAGUCAUCUGGUGAUGGCUGCAGACCAACAUUGUUCUGCACUGAAAUUAGAGUAGCAGUGUUCUAACUCACCCAUGUGUGCCUUUUUAUAAAUAAAAUACAAGUUUAUGUAACAUAAUUUAAUAGCAGCGGAGGAAAAUGCCUUUAAGUGAGAUAAAUUAGUAUCGCUAAGAUCGCAAGAAAAGAAAUUGGCUGCACUCUAAACGUUUGCACAGGCAUGGGGUUCUUCCUUUGCUAGCGCAUUUUUACUCUGGCGGGUCAUACUGAUGUGAAUACUGACGCCGCUUCAGCAUUCAUCUGUCAGAAUAGACUUCCUUACUUGUGUGGGUCUCCCUCAGGCCAUGCGGAGGGAAACAGCAGAGGAGUAGACAGUUGUUGGUGUCUCCAGAGUGCCGCCAUGCCAGAUGGCUUCCUGAUUGAUUUUCUGGGCUGCUCCCAAUUCUUUAUCACAUUUUUCCCCUCCUCUGUAUGUCACAGGACUUUAUAUUUUGCACCUGUAUAUACACAUUCUGGAGGGGGAAAAAAGAAAACAAAAUCAGGAGUACAUUUUGGAUAAUAGAGCUGAGUGAAUGAAGCAAUCUGUGACCUCUUCCAUACCAUUAACCUUCACAAGCUCUUUCACCGUCAGCCUCAAACGACUGCUGUUAGAAACUAAUGGUAAGAGACCAUCAUGCUGGAAAAGAUUGUCGAUAUUGAUUCAGAGUGUUUGCUUACAAGACUCUAAAUGGCAGCGUUUUCAAAACACUAACGCUGGGAAUUGAGCUGGACUAGCAGCCAUUCGUUCUCGCGAAAAUGAAAUAAAAAAAUAAAAAUGAAGAAGCACGUGUGCUGCUGUUACAGGAAGUUGAUAACAUCUGUACGGUUCGGCCAACGCAGCGUCAGAUAUUUGCUACCAUGCACUUACGCUUAAGAGUUUUAUUGCACUGUGCAGAGCAUUGGAAGAAUGAACUGCGAUAGCUGUGUUGGACUGGAGGGAAGCACAAAAUAAGCACCAAGCUUAUUGAAAUAUGGAUGUAAUUACUGGGCUUCAGUUCCCUGUAGUCCAUAAGAAGGCUUUUUGUUAGGAUUAUAAGUAGUACACUGCUAAGUGCUAAGUGAAGUGGACCAAAUGACCGGUGGGGACAGUAUCAUUCAUAGUAGGAAGCAAGAAAUGUUUUUUGUCACAAUUGUAUGAUGUGUGAUAAUAAAACAGCCAAAGUGAGGUGAUCAAGUUUAAUAAUAUGACCCUACCGUUUCAGUUUUUAAGCUUCAUUUCUAGCAUGAUGUCUGAUUAGCCUAUUCUAUUGAAAUAGAUCAUCUUACUGUAGUUUAUCAAUGGAAAUUUUUAUUGACAGUUUUUCUUUUGUUUGUUUUUUUUAAAUAAGACGCACCAAAAGUAAUUGAGCAGUCUUUGGUAUUUUCUGUUCUCUUGGCUUUCUCAGUAAUAGAGCUGAUUUACCAGAAAAUACUCAAACUGCUCCUUUAAUUGAUUUAUCACAUAUAUGGGGGAAAAAAAAAGUUAUUUAUUGUACCUGUGUUGCCAUCUGUUUUGAAACCAUUUUGAGUGUUAUUUUGGGUGCUGAUUUGAUGUGCUACAGGUUUCAGCUGCACCGCUUCGCCAGUUCAAGGUUAUAUAUCCAUGAUGUUGUAUCGUAUUUCUUUUGCAUAGCAGCCAAACCUGUGUUGUCAACAUAUUCCAGGACUUGUUGGAGCAAUGUUAUAAUGUUGUCGUACUAGACCAUGCUCUGUUUCACAAUAAUGCAGAGGUUCCUAUUUGUAAUGAAAAUAACUUCCAGUGGGAGAUGUUUUUUUUUUUAUUUUUAUGUUAUUGCUGACAACCGUGAAGGUAUAAAAUUCCUCAAAAAUAAAUUUUAUCACAGUAACAUAAA